UGGUUUGGAUAAAGACUGCGGGUCUGGGCUCCUCGGUUGAAGCCGGUAAUCGCUUUAUUUCUUGAUGAUUUAUUCGUGAAUCGACGCGCAGCCGGUUAUUUGCGCUUUUGCGCCCGGAGAGCCGCGAUGCGUUGUGACCCGGGAGCCGCCCGCCUGCCGCAUCCUUUCUAGCGCUCUGACACCUCGCUUUGUCGGCGCCUCUUAUUUAAUCCAGGGAUCUAUUGAAGGAAUAAUAAUAAUAAUAAUAAUAAUAAUGUCUCUGAAAUCCAAGCAGUGCGAGUCUGUGAAGGUGGUGGUCCGCUGUCGCCCCCUGAACCGCAAAGAAGAGGCGUCUGGUUAUGACAGCAUCGUGGAUAUGGACGUUAAAGUAGGCCAGGUGGCGCUGCGGAACCCCCGAGCGUCUCCUGGGGAGCCGGAUAAGACCUUCACCUUCGAUGCCGUAUACGACACAGCAUCCAAACAAAGCGACCUUUACGAUGAGACCGUGCGACCGCUUGUGGACUCGGUGCUCCGUGGAUUUAACGGGACGGUCCUGGCGUACGGACAGACCGGCACCGGGAAGACGUACACGAUGCAGGGGGAGUGGACGGAGGCUGAGCGGCGAGGCAUCAUGCCCAGCUCCUUCGAGCACAUCUUCACGCACAUCUCCCGCUCUCAGAACCAGCAGUACCUGGUGAGAGCGUCGUACCUCGAGAUCUACCAGGAGGAGAUCCGAGACCUCCUGGUCACCGAUCACAGCAAGCGGCUCGAACUGAAGGAGAGCCCCGAGUCGGGCGUGUACGUCCGAGAUCUGUCGUCCUUCGUGGCGAAGAACGUCAAGGAAAUGGAGCAUGUCCUGAACGCAGGUAACCGGACACGGUCAGUAGGUGCGACGGAUAUGAACGAGCGCAGCUCUCGGUCUCACGCCAUCUUUAGCGUCACCGUGGAGUGCAGUCGGCCUGGUCCGGAUGGCCGCAAUCACAUCCGGGUAGGCAAGUUGAAUCUUGUCGACCUGGCUGGGAGUGAGCGCCAGAGCAAGACAGGUGCACGUGGUGAGCGACUCAAGGAGGCCACCAAAAUCAAUCUGUCACUCUCUGCACUGGGCAACGUAGUAUCGGCACUGGCUGAUGGCCGUGGCGCUCAUGUACCCUACCGUGACUCAAAGCUCACACGCCUGCUCCGGGACUCCCUCGGUGGAAACGCCAAGACUGUAAUGGUGGCCACACUUGGCCCAGCAUCCUUCAACUAUGAGGAGACUCUAACCACGCUGCGCUACGCCAACCGGGCCAAGAACAUCAAGAACGUCCCACGUGUCAACGAGGACCCCAAGGACGCGCUGCUCCGUGAAUUCCAGCAGGAAAUCGCCCGGCUCAAGGCACAACUCCACCGACGUGGCAUGCUGAGUGCCAGGAGGAAGAGGAGGCUCAAGAAAAGCACAGACCAUGAGCUGAAUGAAGAUGAUGAUGAUGAUGAUGAUGAAGAAGAUGAUGAUGAAGAUGAGGAGGAAGGUGAAGAUGAUGAUGAUGAGGAGGAGGAUGAGGAGGAGGAGGAGGAGAAGUUGGAAAAGGAAGCACAGGAGUUCAUGAAGGAGCAGCAGGAGAAGCUGGAGCAAGAAAAGGAGGCCAUCAUGGACGAUCGGUCGCUGGUGGCUGAGGAGAAACAGAAGCUCCUGGAAGAGAAGGAGAGGAUGAUGGGAGAUCUGAAGAAGGAGCAAGAAGCCACUGCGCUCCUCACCGCCAAGUUCAAGGCAAUGGAGAGUAAGCUUCUGGUUGGAGGAAAGAACAUCAUUGAUCACACUAACGAACAGCAGAAGAUGCUGGAACAGAAACGACAAGAGAUUGCAGAACAGACGCGUAAAGAGCGAGAGAUUCAGCAGCAGAUGUUAAUUCAGGAUGAGGAGACGCUCGAGCUGAGAGAAACGUUCACAUCUCUGCAACAGGAAGUGGAGGCAAAAACCAAAAAGCUCAAAAAGCUGUAUGCUAAGCUGCAGUCGGUGAAAGCUGAGAUCCAGGAUGUGAACGACGAGCACGUCAGAACCAGACAGGAACUGGAGCAGACACAGAACGAGCUCACAAGAGAACUCAAGUUCAAGUACCUCAUAAUUGAGAACUUCAUCCCUCCGGAGGAGAAGAACAAGAUCAUGAACCGACUGGUGUUUGAUGUCGAUGAAGACCAGUGGAAAUUCCAGCCUCUCGUUCCUGCCGAGAAUAAGUUUACUCAGAUGAAGAGGAGACCCGCCUCUGCUGUGGGCUACAAGCGGCCCAUCAGUCAAUAUGCCAGGGUUGCCAUAGCGAUGGGAGCCAAUUCCAGAUACAGGGCUGAAAAUAUCAUGCUUCUGGAGCUGGACAUGACUCCACCCACUCUCUUUCAAAUGGACUUCCCAAGAGCGCGGUCUGAGACGGCACCAAGCCGAGAUGUGCAACUGGACAACGCAUCAUACAGAGAGAAAAUAUCAGCCAGUCGGGUCAGGAAAUCCCAGUCCUGGUGCCAGGCUGCACAGCCCAUGUCUUCCUCGAGCUCGGCGCUCUCCCUGUCAUCCUCAGGGUCCAACGGCCUGGCACACCCUGUCAGCGCCGCCAUGGCAACUGCCCACCAAUAAGACGCCAAGGAACACAACUUUGUCCCUUCUUUGAUCCACCAAUGAGGGACGAAUCACUUGUCCCACCUCCUUUUCGCAGCAUUAAAAUGGUGGCCUUGUCCAAGAUGCUUAGACAUGCGGCAUGGAGGACAAAUUAUAACACGAUCUUAUAUCCUUACUUUAUUUUCAUCUUUUCUUCAAAUCCGAUUUCUCAAUUUCAGCAAUGACCAAAUGAGUUCUGAUUAAUGUAGAUUCAGUUUUGCAUCCAUGUCCAUUAAAUAGAAACUGUUUCCAAUAUGAAA